AUGCUCCAGGAGCGGCGGGCCGCGAUGCCGCCGCUGUCCAACGCGGCGCGGGCCUUGCGCGCCCAGAGCGGAACGGACCGCGUGACGGAGCUGCCGGAGGUCGCACCGGCGGUGCUGCCGGGCCAUUUGAAGUUUCUGGACGGGAGGCCUAAGCAGCCCGAGGCCGUGAGCGCGCGCGACUUCUUUAAGACCCAGGAGCUUCAUGAGAAGAUGAAGUCUCUCGCGCUCUCGGACCAUUUCGACUCCUUUGGCAAGGUGCGGUUCCAGCGGCUGGGCCUCACCUUCGCGGCCAAGCAGAUGAUGCCCCAGAUGGCGGCCUAUGGCUCCGUGUCGGAGGUGCCACCCGCGGAGAAGAAGAAGGAGAAGAGCGCCAAGGCCUUCAUCCUCUCCCAGGAGGCCUUGGCGCAGGACCUGAGGCGCUGGACGCAGCACAGCCGCACCCUGGCCGAGAGCGUGCAGGAGGAGGACCGCCACAAGGACGCGGAGGUGAAGCAGCGCCAGGUGGCGAUCCUCUUCGCGGAGCUGCCCCGGUUCCUGGAGUAUUUGCCCAGUUCCGUGCCGCUGGCGAGCAUGGAGCCCGAGCUGGGCCGUCAGGAGGACCCGCAGGCCCGGGCUGCGGCGCUGCGGGGGAACGCGCUGCUGCGGCAGCCGGCGUCCCAGCGGCGGUUCCGGCAAGCGGAGGUGUUGGCCGUGGUGCAGGUGCUGAAGGCGUGGUCGCUGGCCAGCUGGCCCAACGGCGGCGCGGAGCUGGGCAUGGACCGCAGCACCUUCUGCCGCUUCCUGCUGGACACCGGGCUGGCGGAUCAGCGGAAGGUGCCCUUCUUCUGGGCGGUGUCCCUCUUCGACUCCUCUGCGCGCCUGGUGCGGUACUGCGCCGAGGAGGAGGCGGCAGUGGGCACGGCGCCGCUGCUGCCGGUGGUCAAUUGGAAGGACCUUUGGCAGAUCUUAGAGGCCCUAGUCCAGCAGUACUUCCGGCCCUCCAGUUCCGCCAUGCGCCUGAAGUUCAUCGAGAGCAUCGCGGAGAUCUCCAGGGCCCGCCUGCCUUCCUUUGCGGUCAAGAUGAUGAACAUCAGCAAGGAGCACCUGAACUUGAUGAUUCAAGGGGUGGGCACCGAGGAUCGCGACUCCGACGCGGAGGACGAGAGGGCGAAAGCGCCGAGGAGCUUGCGAGUUCCCAGCGCGAAGGCCAGGCAGCUGAGCAUCUUGGAGGAGGCCAGGAAGCAGCGCCUGCGGUCCCUCCUCGUGGAGCCCGAGGUGCUACAGCUGCUCUGGCAGCAUGAGGACGUCUUCAAGGAGCUCCAUAGCGCCUACGCAGAUGAGCGAGGGCACUUGAGCUUCGCCGCGGUGGUCCAGCUCUGCAAGGCGGGAGACGAGAGGCAACUGCCGAAUGGGACCUUCCCUCUUGUGGAAGAGGCGCUGAUGGAGAUCCUGUGCAAGGUGGCGUAUACGUACCUGGGCUGCUAUGGCAACAUGCAGCAGCGCAGCAUGUCGACCCUGUUGCAGAGCGUUUGGCUGCUGGUCUACUUGCGCUUCACGGUGGAGAGCUUCCGCCGCAGCCUGGCGCAGCGGGAGGAGGUCGAGGAGGAGGCGCCGCUUCUGCAGGCGGUGCGAAGGCUGGAUCCGGAUGCUUGGGUCAUCGACGAUGCUCCCGACUUCGAGGAUGGCAUGCCGGUGCAGACCGCCAAGGUUCUGCCUAGGGAGGCAGGGGAGUUGAUUCCCAGCCGCAAGGAUCGAACCAAGUCCUUCCUCACUGGCCGUUACGUGAAUUAA